AUGACUUACGCACAGACUCCCAGAAAGACUGGGCUGCCGAGAGAAGUCCUGAAAUGGCUGCAAAGCCUCGAUUUGUCGUUUUAUCCGAAGAAUGUGCGCAGAGAUUUUUCCAAUGGUUACCUUGUGGCAGAGAUACUUUCUCGUUAUUACCCCCAGCUCUUCCCAGUGCAUUCAUAUGACAAAGGGAUGUCACUUUCUGCCAAACAGAGGAACUGGAGCCAGAUAGAGAGGUCUUUACAGAAGCAGAAUCUGCACUUGAUGAAGGACGUCGUUGAUGGAACCAUCCACUGUAAACCAGGAGCCGCUGAGCUGUUGGUGCGGGAGGUUUACACUGCUUUAACUAACAGGAGCAUCAGAGAUGUUCAGGGCCCAGCAUCAGACUUCACUGACCGUGAGUACCAGGAGCUUCUGCCCACACUGGCCCGCUCCACAGCCUCUAAGGCCAUCAAGAACAACCUGAGGAUAACAGAGAUCAUGGCUGAGCCCGACAUCAGCACAAACCGGAGGAAGGCAGAGGUCAUCCUCUGCAGGCACCUGGAGCGCAAGGCUGCAGAGAGGGUUCUCAACCCCGGACGGUUUAAAGUGAAGCCUAAUCUGGAUCACCUGGCAGCCAAAACUCUUGUGCCAUCCAGCUGCAGUGAUGAGAGUGUUGACAGGCCUUCAUCUGGAGACACUGCAUCACGUAUUGGAGCUGCUGUUUCCUUUAAGGACAUGAAGGAUAUGCAUGUUUGUACCAGUAGGUGGCAGCAUUGA